AUGCUGGGAAUCUUCUUUGGACUGUUGUGUUUGCUUGGUGUUGAAUCCUUGCACUUUGCACACAACACCAGUCAACCCAUCGACGUUCGUAUUGAGUAUUGGUUGCUAGAACAAUAUUAUGAUGUCGUCAUUGACACACAUACACCCAUCAUCUCAUGGAAUUUACCAACCUUUUUAAACAAUCAUCAUCAUCAUCAACGGGAUAUUCAACAAGUAGCUUAUCAAGUUCAACUAUAUAAACGACCUGCACAUGAUACAACAACAUCAAUCUUAUUAUGGGAUACUCAACCUACAGAAUCCUCGUCCACUACAUUGCAAUAUAAUGGUCCCAUGUUUGGUGUAGAUAGCCGUUACGAAUUGCGCGUGAGAUAUUGGUCCACUCACGGAGUGAAAAGUGAUUGGUUCAUUGCAACCUUCCGUACAGCAUUUUUCCACUUAUUGAACGCGGGAGAUGCUCCGCAAUGGAUUGGUAGUGAUAUCAUUAACAUGAAUCAAUUACGCAAAACAUUCAAUAUCGACUUAUCAUCAUCUUCAGCGAUCAGUUCAGCCUCUGUCGUCAUUAGUGGCAUUGGCUAUUACGAACUGCAUAUUAAUGGGUACCCAGUCGAUUUGUCUCGCAAGCUGGAUGUUGGAUGGACCACUUAUCAACAGCGUACAUUAUACGUGUCGUAUGAUGUGACUGAUUUCUUGACUGGCGGUGCCAAUGCUAUUGGAGUCUAUUUAGGACAAGGCUGGUAUAAUCAGCAGCAAUGGAUAAUUGGCCCUGGCGCAAGGACCGAGCUUAGUACACAAUAUGGAUCACCUCGAUUCAUUUUCCGCUUAGUAAUAUACCUGAGUGACAGUUCUAUCAUCACCAUCAACAGCAAUGAGACAUGGUUGGGACGUGAAGCGGAACAUCGAGCGGACAACCUCUAUAUGGGUACUAUCGUGGAUUAUCGUGCUGCACGACCUACAUUUUCUACUGCGACAUUUGUCGAUAAGACAUCGUUAUGGAUCAAUGCUUCGAUUCUAUCGUCUCCCGUACAGAAUGGUACUCUAAGUUUACAACGAAUGCCUCCGAUACGUGCUGGAUUCGAUGCAUUAGAUAUUCCUGAUCUCAGCAGCACCGAUGAUAUUACAACUAGUAUAGUCGAGAGAUAUUUAUGUGGUGCGGAUCUAGCCAAAUUCAAUGGUGUAUUAACACCGAUUGGAACGGAUUAUUCCAAUGGAAAGAUUUUUGAUUUAGGCCAGAACUUUGCUGGUUGGUGUCGACUGUCUGGCAUCAAUGUUCCACGUGGUUAUAUCGUACAAUUACGUCAUUCUGAAUAUCGUUAUUCAUCAGGUAUUAAUGGCAUUCCAUUUAAUGGUAUCGAUACCGAGAAUCUCGAGUCUAUUGCCGCGACUGAUACAUUCAUCUUACAGGGUUCAGGAAAUGAAACCAUUGAACCUAUGUUUACUUAUCAUGGCUUUCGCUAUCUCUUAGUCAAUGGAUUAGACAACAUUGAUAGUUCACAAGUAACAUGUUAUCCUGUUCAUACACAAACAAGUUUGAUCGGGAACUUUUCGUCCUCUUCUGUCGUGUUAAAUCAAAUUCAACACAAUAUCUUAUGGUCACAAUUGAGUAACACCAUGUCAUUGCCUACUGAUUGUCCUCAGCGAAAUGAAAGACGAGGUUGGAUGGGUGAUGCCGCUCUCUCUGUGGAUGAAGCCUUAUUCAAUUUUGACUUAAUCCAAUUUUAUUUGAAUUUCUUAACCAUGAUCCAAGAUAAUCAAGCUGCAGAUGGAGCCAUUUCUGAUACGGUACCAUUUACUGUGGGAUUCGCACCUGCGGACCCCAAUUGGGGCACUGCUUAUAUCACAAUUACAUGGGCACUGUAUGAACACACGGGUGAUAUCACUAUUCUAGAACAAUAUUACACGAGUAUCCGAGCCUGGAUCGAUUGUUUAACACGACAAUACCAACAAACAGGCUUGGCACAUUACUUCUCGCAUUGGGGCGAUUGGGAACCCGCUGCACGUAUGACUAAUACUUCCUUGAUCUCCUCAUUUGCCUAUUUGCACGAUGUUCAUCGAUUCAUCAACAUAUCUGCCGUGUUGAACCAAACAGAUAACGUGAAGAAUUAUACAGAGUUGUACAAUACAUUGGCCAAAGAGUUUCACAAUGUCUUUUAUGAUGGAACACUGGGAGGAUAUGCGGAUAAUAGCCAAGCUGCUAAUGUUUUAGCUUUGGCAUUACCCAAUGUCGUACCUGAUCCGAUAGAAACUUUUGUGUGGGAGGCAUUAUUGAAUAAUAUUAAAAGUCAGAAUCAGCAUUUCACAGGUGGAAUUGUUAGCGUGGCUCAGUUAUAUCCCUUAUUAUCUACAAAUGGUCAUCAUGAUUUAGCAGUACAAUUAGCCAGUUCCACCACUUAUCCAUCCUAUGGUCAUAUGUUCAAUAAUCCAAUUCAAAAUGCUACAACGACUUGGGAAGCAUGGAAUACAUUACCUGAUCAAGCCGGCUCCUCACUCAACCAUCACAUGUUCAAUAGUAUUGGCAGUUGGUUUUAUCGUUAUCUCGUAGGAUUGCAAUUAUCAUUGGCCGACCAUCAGGUACAUAUCCAUCCUCGCAUGACUUAUGAUGAAACAUUGUUAACAACUGUGUCAGCCACGGUCAAGACGCAAAAAGGUUUAGUGAGAGUUGCUUGGACAAGAGCUGUCAAUGAUAUAGAACAAUUAUCCAUAUCAUCACCGUUUCUACGGAUCGUGAAGAUGACUGUCACCAUACCAACUAAUCUGGAAGGCAUCAUCUCAUUUGAUCCUUUACUAAAAUCUGGUCAAUGCCAUUCCUUUUAUGUUGAUCACCAGUUACUAUGGAAACGUUCGUCUCUGUAUCCUCGUCAACGUCUUCGCGCUAGUUCGGUGAAUGAUUUAUCAUUGAUAAAUGUUGUCAGUGGUGUGAAGCGACUGGCAGAAGAUACAGACAGUGGCACGAUGACUCUGCGGGUGUCAUCUGGACAGUAUCAGUUUCAUGCAGUGUGGGAAGAAAAAUUUUUGUAG